AUGCCACAGAAUAAAGCUCAGUGCACAGAACAACAGAAAAUUGUGCCAAGAAAUGUUAUGAGAGAGCAGGAUGUUGUUCUACCUGUCCAUAAUAAGACUCAAAGUUCUGUACGCAUCACAUGGUACAGAGGGAAUACCAUAAAAAAUGAUCAGAUCAUUGCAUUUCUUACAGUAAACUCAUUUUAUAAUAUAAGAGGUCCUGCGGAUGGACCAGUAUCAAUAAACAAAGAUGGAUCCUUGGUGCUAAGGAAGGUCACCAUGAAUGAUACAGGAAUAUAUACCAUAGUAAUCCAACAUCCAGAUACAAGAAUACAAAUAGGAUUAAGACAGCUUAAUGUAUAUGAGCCUGUGAGAAUGCCCAUCCUCCUAGCCAGCAACACCACUUUCACAGAGAAUAAGGGUGCUGUGGUCUUGACCUGCUACACAGAUGAGCUCACCCUCCAAUGGCUGUUCAAUGGCUUACAACUGCAGCUCACAGAGAGAAUGAAGCUGUCUGAGGACCACAGAAACCUCACCAUAGAUCCUGUCAAGAGAGAAGAUGCUGGGAAUUACCAGUGUGAAGUCUUCAACCCUAUCAGUUCUCUUGCAAGUGUUCCCAUCGAGCUGGAUGUAAAAUCUGAGUGAACCCCCUGUCCCCUUCUAUG